AUUUACAGAAUGUCAGGUUAUCUGCCUUGGUACCAUGAUAAUAUAACUCGAUCCAAAGCUGAGGGUUUACUCUCCAAAGCUGCAAGAGAUGGAAGCUUCCUUAUCCGGGACAGUGAGUCUGUACAGGGAGCGUAUGCCCUCUGUGUCUUAUUCCAGAACUGUGUGUACACAUACAGAAUCCUGCCAAAUGAGGACAAGAGGCUCUCUGUUCAGGCAUCAGACGGAGUUCCUAUUAGGUUCUUCACUAUGCUACCAGAGCUGGUGGAGGCUUAUUACAACCCCAACAUGGGUCUGAUCACACAUCUGCAGUUCCCUGUCCAGAGGGAGGAGGAGGUAGACGAGGACCGAGAAGCUGCCAACCAUCCACCACAGCUUCCCCCAAGAACCUUUACAAGUGACAUGAAAGAAAGUGAAUCGAAGCCCAGUGAGCCUGCUGGCAAGUCCUUAUCAGACAUGUACCUGAUGAAGCUACAGCACAUGGACCUGUCUGGAUUGUCCGAGGAACAUGAAAUGGCCAUCCAGGAAUACUUCAGGUGCUCCAUCAGUUUAGAUGCUGAACAAGUUCAGAACGGGAACUCAAAUCUUCCUGGCCUCAAAAAACUAAUCACGCUGGUGUGCAAAAAUCUAAACAGUGAAAUUUCCCGAGUCACGCCAGUUUUAGAGAUCUUCCACAGAACGUUGGAUCAGCAGCUCUCUCCAGGGAUUGGACCUAAACAAGUUUUUGCCAAUUCAGGCCAGUGUGUGUCCUACAGGCUUGAUCAACUUACAAAAUUGCUCUACUCCAUAGAGGAUAAGGUCAAAGGUUCUGUUUUUGAGUCAGUAGGAUAUGAAGGAGGACACAGGAAAUCUCUCAUACCGCCUGUUGCAUUUGAGGUCAAGCAAGAAUCUCUUGGCAUUUCUACAAAAAUGGUCUUGAAGGUGGACAUUGAAAGUGGAAAACUCUAUUUUAAAAAGUCAAAAGAUGGACCUGAAGACAAAUAUUUUGUACACAAUAAGAUCCUGCAGUUGGUGAAAUCCCAGAAAAUGCACAGCAAACUUGUAAUCGUGGUGGAGACCGAGAAGAAGAUUUUGCGAAAGGAGUUUGUGUUUGAAGACACAAAGAAAAGAGAAGGUUUCUGUCAGCUGCUUCAACAGAUGAAGAACAAACACUCAGAAAAGCCUGAACCAGACAUGAUCAGAGUGUUCAUUGGCACCUGGAAUAUGGGUAAUGCUGGUCCUCCCCACAACAUUGACUCGUGGUUUCAGUGUAAGGGUCUGGGGAAGACACAGGACGACACCGCAGAUCAUAUUCCACAUGACGUUUACGUCAUUGGCACUCAGGAGGAUCCUUUGGGUGAGAGAGAGUGGUCCGACACGUUGAAAAGUGUCCUGAGGAACAUCACAAAUAUUAGCUUCAAGCAGGUGGCGAUUCACACGCUCUGGAACAUUCGGAUUGUGGUGCUGGCCAAGCCAGAGCAUGAAAACAGGAUCUCUCAUGUGUUUUCAGAUAGCGUGAAGACGGGGAUUGCCAACACUUUGGGAAACAAGGGAGCCGUGGGAGUGUCUUUCAUGUUCAACGGGACGUCUUUGGGCUUUGUCAACAGUCACUUGACCUCUGGAAGUGAGAAGAAGCUCAGACGAAAUCAAAACUACAUCAAUAUCCUGCGUCUGCUGAAUCUGAGGGAUAAAAAGUUCAACCCUUUUGACAUCACUCAUGUCUUCACACACUUUUUCUGGCUGGGAGACUUGAACUACCGUGUUGAAUUUCCAUCAUCAGAAGCGGAGUACAUUGUGACAAAGAUCAAACAGCAGCAGUACCAGGAACUCCUCAGUAAAGACCAGCUCUGCAUGGAAAGGACUGAUGGAAAGGUCUUCUUGCAUUUUGAUGAAGAGGAAAUCACAUUUCCACCCACAUACCGCUUUGAGAGAGACACAAGAGAGAAGUAUGCCUACACAAAGGCCAAAGCCACAGGGACCAAGUACAACUUGCCUUCAUGGUGCGAUCGCGUCCUGCGGAAGUCCUACCCUCUGGUUCAUGUCGUCUGCCAAACCUAUGGCUGCACCACUGACAUCAUGACAAGUGACCACUCCCCGGUGUUUGCUUCAUUUGAGGUCGGAGUUGCAUCACAGUUCGUCUCCAAGCAAGAUCCCAACAGUGCUCCUCAGGGUGGAAUACAGAUCAUGAACUGUGUGGCCAUCUUGUUGACCAAAUCCAAGACCAAGUUCUGCAUUGAGUUCCAUUCCAGCUGCUUGGAGAAAAGGGUGAAGACUGCAGAAGGGGAGAACACGGAACAAUCCGAUGGAUCAAUAAAAGUUUGGUUUGGAACCCAAGUCGAGCUUACCCCCAUCAUUUCUGACCCGGAGUACCUCUUGGAUCAGCACAUCCUCAUCUGUGUGAAAUCGACUGACUGCGAUGAGUCGUACGGAGCGGGUUGCAUUGCGCUUCGAGCGGCCCAGUUCUGCUACAGUGAAUUUCAGAUCACUCUGACUCACCACGGAGAGAACACCGGCAUUCUGACCGGGGGCAUACAGCUACGCACCUCUGAGUUCAAGCCCACCGAAAAGUUAUACGAUUUCAUCAAAAUUGAAAGGGACGAUGCUUUUCCCUCCAAAGGCAAAAGUGGAGAACUUAACAAGUCUCCAGUUACACAGUCAUAUGAUAUAUCUAACCCUAAUUACAUGGGAGUGUCAUUCAAAGGUGGAAAUGUGGCCGACAAGGGCUGGAGCUACAGCAUGCCACCACGAAACACUCCCACUGUCGGACCAUUGAGUAAAGACCAUAAGAAAGCAGGGUAUGAUUUGAACGCACGCAGUCCCACAGCAGCGACUUAUCCUGGGAAUGGGGAGGAAACGUUGUCAGAGAUGUUGGACAAUCCGCUCUAUGGCUCAAUGGCAAAAUCUCACGGUCAGGCCAAGGAGCAAGGCCCCCCUCAGCCGGAUCGUCUCACGCCUGCAGCAGAUGGAGACCCUGACCGGCCCCCGGUGCCCAUCCCACGCAACCGCUCCUUCACCUGCUCCGAGAACAAACCCCAGCUUCCAGCUCCCAUCAGCCUGCACCUCCCAGCACACAAGAAACCAGUUGUGCCAUCACGUUCAGAGGGAGGGAUGGCGCAAAGUCGACCCCCUUUGCCAAAGUCACGGCCAGAACCCCAGAGCACCAAACCCAGAGACUACAGAGACAGCUUUGAGUUCCCCAGCAAACAGAAACUGCCAGCAAGACUUAGUCCACUACCGCCUCACAAAGACAUGCAUCUGGAUCCUCCCAAGACGGGUCGUCCUGUGAACUGAGAUGAGGCUGAAGUGUCAGCAGUGUCAGAGCAACUUCCUGCUGCAGUUUAUGGAAACAAAAUGUAGAAGGUUGUUUUAGUUAUUUUCUCUUUGUGUCUUCUGUAACAUUUAUCUAAACACCCAACUACCACACCCUGAAACUUUCCAUUUUAGGAGAUAGUCAGUUCAUUUUUGAAGUGAUUCAUUCAUUUAUUCAUUUAUUCAACC